CAGUUUCCGGAGAGGAACCCGCGGCAGCACUUGAACAGGUUCAGAAUAUCGUCCCCCCACAGAUAUCACCGCUGGCAUUGGAGUCGACUCUGGGAUUUGUUCAAGGCGGCGGCACAUCAGAGCUCCCGGCGCGGUGCUUGUGUCAGUCCGGUGAGGGUCAGCGUCUGACUUCAGCGCUGACAGUGCAGGAGGGGGCUCCCAGCGAGACCGUUCAUCCCAUCGUCAACGCUGCAAUCCCACUACAGCCGCAGACGGACGCUUCCUCGACCGGUCACUGGCGUUCCUGUGUCUCCAAUCCCGGUGCAGUGAUGAGUGCAAACUUGCAACUGGCCGCUCUGGGCCGGCCUUUCCAGUUGGGAAUGCUGUACGACUGCCGUUCAGACGCUCUGAUCCCAGGCGUCACAUUGUGGGAUUUACAGACGCUGCAGAGCAACCUUGAUCGUCGUGACCAGCCCAGCACUGAGUUUCACAUCAUUGCAUCAGACUCCAUGGAAAGCAAAUCCGCUGUCCUCAAUGUGUCAGCAUCACUGAAGGCGAGUUUCCUGGGUGGGUUAGUGAAGGUGAAAGGGUCGGCAAAAUAUCUCAGCAACACGAAGGAAUCAAAGCAACAAGCACGAGUUACCCUUCAGUACAAAGCAACAACCAGGUUUGAACAACUGACGAUGAGUCACUUAGGGAGACAGAAUAUUACCUACCCGAGUGUGUUUGAUGAGGGCUCAGCCACCCAUGUCAUUACAGCAGUGCUGUAUGGGGCCCAGGCCUUCUUUGUGUUUGAUCAAAUGGCUUCAUCAGCAGAGAAGAUGCAGGAUAUUCAGGGUAACAUGGAGGCAACGAUUAAACUUCUUCCUCAGAUUGCGAUUGAGGGCGAGGCCUCCCUAGAAAUGACAGAAGAACAAAAGUCACAUGCCGAGGAAUUUAGCUGCAAAUUUCAUGGGGAUUUCUCACUGAAGAACAAUCCCACCACAUUCAAAGAAGCCAUCAAUAUCUACGCAACACUUCCAAACCUCCUGGGUCCAGAUGGAGAGCAUUCAGUGCCCAUCACAGUCUGGCUCUAUCCUCUCAAUAAACUUGACUCAAAAGCUGCCCAGCUGGUGAGGGAGAUCAGCGUGGGACUGGUCAAUCGCUGCCAGGAUGUCCUAGAACAGCUCAAUGAGGCCGUGAUGAGGUGCAAUGAUCUGAUGAAAGACAGUGUCGCAGAUCAGUUUCCCGAGAUUAUAAAUAUUAUACAUCGAUUCCAAAAGAUGUGUCUGGAGUACAAAUUAGUUUUCCAGGGGACUUUAUGUAAAGUUUUACCGUCCAUUCGGGGCGGUGGGAAGGAGGAAGUGUUGCUGGCGGACAUACUGAAGAACAGGGAGCAGUCACCAUUCAAUGACCAGGCACUGACCACAUGGCUGGAUGACAAGGCACGGGAGAUGAGGGUUGUGCAACUUUACCUCAGAAUAUUGAAAGACAUACCAGUUGUGAAAUCACAGAUUGAGAUACAUGAAAUGUUUAUGGAUUUAGCAACAGUUUACGUGGUCUGCUUUACAUUUACAACAUUACAUCAUGAGGAUCUCUACCUGUCAGAGGCAAACAACUACCUCCAAUCUCUCACAGCUCAGAAAAUGGAGACACAACCUCCUGCUGAUGGAGCCUGUACACAACGACAAAGUGACUCCUGGCUUAACUUGUCAUCUGUGUCCCGGAAGAUGAGGGAGCUAUCAAGAUCAUUCCUGGAAUUUGCCACCGCCAAUAUAGCAGAUGGGAAAAUAAAAUUUGCUGUUGUAUCUGUGCGGGAUGACAGCAACAUAGGAGCGUCAAUUUACCUGUAUGAUGGAGGAUGUCUGGAGAACCGGUGCUUUGUUCCUCCGUCACAGCCCGAGAUACCCACGUCUAGUAGAACGACACAUGACAGUGUGACUCUGCAGUUACAGCCACCAACAUUUGGUGCCGGUGAGAUUGUGGGCUACAAGGUAGAGUACCGAGGUAGCCAGCAGGAAGAAUGGACAAUUCUGGAUACACCUGAUCAAUGCCACUCCUUCACAAUACCUGGGUUAGAGCCACACCAGGAGUAUCACUUCCGAUACAGAGCAGUGACCAAGGUAGGGGUCAGCAAGGCCAGUGAGAGCUACAGGGACAUCACCCGACCAGCAAGUCCACCUGGUAAACCAGUCUUCCAGGAUUGUUCAUCCAGCCCAACACUGCACUGGGACAGACCAGGUCAGAUUGGAGCUGAUGUUAAUAUAUUUUGGUACAGAAUUGAAUAUAGAGAAGAACCGUCAGUUAAUUUCAACAUGAACGAUGGAUUAUGGGAGGAAGUUAAGACAACAGGCGGACAAUGUCACUUUCGUUUAGAGGGACUAAAACCCACGGCCGUCUACCGAGUCCGAGUGUCUGCUGACUGUGGAGAAACAGGGUCUAGUGAAGCAAGUGAGGAGGUUUCAAUAAAAAUAGGAAACACACCAAUCACAAUAACCCGGAAACAUCGCACAGACACACAAUUAAUAUCCAAAGGAAACCCUUCCAUUUACAAGCUCAAACUACAGGAGGAGGUAGCUGAUAAAAGCAAACAGCUUGUGAAAUGCUCCUUCGGAAAACCCACCUCAAGCUACACAAUGAAGACAAUUAUGGUUCUGGGAGCAACUGGCACAGGAAAGACAACCCUCAUCAAUGGGAUGAUCAACUACAUCUUGGGCGUGGAAUGGGGAGACAACUUCAGAUACAUGUUAAUACAGGAAGAGACAGGAAAAUCCCAGGCUGAGAGUCAGACAUCCUCCAUCACUGCCUACAUGCUCCACCAUCAGGUAGGAUUUAACAUUGAUUACUCUCUGACGAUCAUUGACACGCCAGGAUUCUGUACCAGGGGCAUCAGCCGGGAUCAACAGAUCACUGAGCAAAUCCGCGAGUUCUUCUCUUCUCCACAGGGUGUUGAUCAGAUUGACGCAGUGUGUUUUGUUGUUCAAGCCUCCCUGGCUCGCCUCACUUACACACAGAAAUAUGUCUUUGAUUCGAUUCUUUCUAUGUUCGGCAAAGAUAUUGCAGAAAACAUUCAUAUUAUGGUGACGUUCGCAGACGGACAGCCUCCCCCCGUCCUGGAUAUCCUGCAAUCAGCUGAGGUACCGUGUCCCAAAGACACAGCGGGUCUGCCAGUACACUUCAAGUUUAACAAUUCAGCCAUUUUUGCCCAGCGUCCAACCUCUGUAAACUAUGGCUACGAGUGCAGAUCCCAUGACAGCGGCAUAGGGGGAGGGAACGAUGAUAACUUUGAUGCAAUGUUUUGGAAGAUGGGAGCAAACAGUAUGAAGAAAUUCUUCACAGCUCUGAACACAAUGGAAACCAAAAGUUUGAGUUUAACGAGAGAGGUUCUGAAGGAACGUAAGCAGUUUGAAGUUACAGUGGAGGGGUUGCAGAUUCAGAUCCGAGUUGUUCUCGCCAAAAGGGAAGAACUCAGGAUAACACAACAAGUUCUGAACCAACACCAGACCGAGCUGGAUGCAAAGAUGACCCAGCAGAAUGUUAUGGAAUCACUUGAGCGGGAGAUUGAUGAGGUGGAGAACACAGUUCUGCUGCUGGCUGAUCAAUUAUCCGGCAGCAUUAGACGACUUGAAGAAAUAGCUCUGAGCACAAACCCAUUAUACACCCCAGAUUACAUUGACCUCAUGAUUCAGUCUGAGACAGAAGAGGCGAAGCCCAGGUUCAUGGAGCAAUUUCAGACACUGAGAGAAAUAAAGGAAUGGGCAGAGUUAAUACAAAAGGGAUCAUCACCUUCCAUGUCCUGGGCACCGUCACCAGAUGGACGAAGGACCUUCUCUAUGAAGAACCAGCCUCAGGACAGAGCUAACCAGAUGCCUCCAACAGCACCCAAUAUCAUCUGCAAGAGUGGCCUUAAGGCACCAGACAUCAGUGUAGAGCUGGGAGGCAGCUGCUCAGUAUCGCCGUCAUUGGAAUGUGAUCCAGAGCAGAUUCCAUGGUGUUGUUUACAGGGACCUGGGGACCUGGUUAAAGGCAAAUAUUUGUUGGUAAGACUGAAACUCAUAGAAUACCACCCGCAUCCCAGUCGGUCUCCGGGAGGGAACCCGCGGCAGGUGAUACAGAUAUCACCGCUGGCAUUGAAGUCGUCUCUGGGAAUUGUUAAAGGCGUAUCGGCAAACCAGAGCUCCCAGCGCGGGGCUUGUUGUCAUUCCGGUGACAUUCAGGGUCUGACUUCAGCGCUGACAGUGCAGGAGGAUGCACCCAGCGAGGCCGUUCGUCCCAUCGUCAAUGCGGCAACCCCCCUUCAGCUGCAGACAGACGCUUCCUCGACCAGUGAAUGA